AUGAGCGUUUCAGACGACGAAAAUGAAACCUACAAACAAUUCGAAAUACAUGAAGGUAUUGCAUUCUUAAUUGAAUUAACUCCUGAAAUUUUUCUGCCUUUAAAAGAGCUAGACAAUAAAUCACAGUUUAUGGAAAUACUAUCUAGUAUAAAUGAUUUGAUUGGCGAGUUGAUUAUUACCUUGCCAAAUACAGGUAUUGGUAUCUAUUUCUACAACUGCCAAAAAACUAACAAGAGAUUCACUAAGGAUUGUGGCCUAAACAGAUUAUUUAAGUUAAAUGACCUAAACAGUUUCAAUAUGAAAAUACUAAAUGAUGCGAUUAAUGAUGAUAUUAAUGGAAUAAGCUUGCUUAAAGAUAAGUUUCCGUAUAUAGAAGAAGAUCAAGAUGACAAACUACCUGCAGUUCUUAAUACUAUGUUGAACGAGUUUCAUAAUAAUAAGAAUUAUAAUAACAAGAAGCUCAUUUGGUUUACAAAUAAUGAUAGACCAUUCAAAAGCGAUAAGACUAAACAUAAUCUAUGGAAAAUUAUUAAUGAUUACGACGAAUUUCGAAUAAAUAUUACCCCAUUCUUCUUAGAUAGCUAUGCGGAUGAAAAGCAAUCUAAGAAAAAGGAAUUCAAUCCUAACUUAUAUCAGGAGAUAUUUUUGAAUACAAACUAUUUGAACAACCGAAAAGGCAAUGAUAACGAUGAUGAUGUGGAAAAAGGUACAAAUAUCAAACCUGAAUUUAUUCAAGCGAACAUGAAUGAUAUUGUUUUUGAUGGAAUAUCAAACAAGACGGCAAAGUUCAAGGAUACUACUUUAUCAACACAAAUUAAAUCGAUCAUUUUAAGGUUGAGAGAAAUCAAAAGAAUACUUUUUUCUUGCGAUUUGAUACUUGGUGAUGGUAAAGGGGUUUCGGGUAAGUUUGGCUGUUCAGUUAAGGGCUAUACAAUUUAUAACCACGAAAGAUUGAAGAAGUUUAAUAAGAUUUAUAAUAGUGGAGAAGAAUUGAAAAUUGUUCACACAUCUAGUAAGAUGUUGAAUAAUAGAACAGGCGAAGAAAUAGAAGUUGAAACUGAGAAUAAAAAAUCAAUCACUGAGAAAAACGAAGAUGCAAAUAUAAGAAAGGGGUUUCCUAUGGGUAAUGACAAUGUAUUAUAUUUAAAUUCCAAGCAAACUAAUUUCUUGAAAAAUUAUGCGUUUGACCAUAAUUUUGAGGAUAAAUCAGAAGCAGCAAAAGUUGAAGACGAAAAUGAAGACGAAAAUGAAGACGAAUAUGAUGAUAAUGAAGAUCUGGAUGAUCAUAGCUUUUCCAAACCCCCAUAUUUAAAAUUAUUGGGAUUCAGGAGUUUAAGCACAUAUCAAUCUCAUUAUAAUUCUUCUGCUCCUAUAUUUGUCACGCCUGAUAUGAAUGAUGGCCUUAAAACAUCCUCAGCUGACGGAGGAUAUAAGAAUUCAUUUAAAACGUUUUCAUCACUUUACCAGUCAUGUAUAAAAUUGCAAAAAUACGGAAUAUUAUUUGGAUGUCUCAAAAAGAAUUCAAUGCCAAACUUGUAUUCUCUAUAUCCAACUAAGGUAACAAAUUCCCAGAAAUCCGGUCUAAAUUUUCCAGAGGGGUUUUUUUUGAUUCGAUUACCGUGGUUGGACGAUGUUAGGUCCUUGCCAGAAUAUUCAUUCCUCAACGACGCAUAUUUAAAUGAUUUGUCAGGCGAAUCUGUUCCAGCAGAUAUUUUACUAAACUUUAAGCAUAUUAUAUCUCAAUUUUUCUUGAGAGAAUAUAGGCCCCUGGAUUUCCCUAAUCCUUCAAUAAACUUCUUUUACAAGAUAAUAAACAAUGAAUUAUUACAGGAGGUAUUGAGUCCUGAAUCGAAAUCUAUUGAAAAUAAUGACAUAACUACACAAAAACUAAUAGAAUUAAGAGGGUACUUACAGAAAGAGGAAAUACAAACAAUGUUGAAAGCACUUAAUGUGCGCUUGAAUAAGCUUAGCAAUGAAUCGUUGAAAAGAGAGAUGGAAUCCAGUGAUGGUACUGACAGCAAAAAGCGCAAAAAGGAAGUGCCCGAAUUGAGUGAGGAAGCAGUAUUAACAGCAUGGAAAUCAAAUGAGUGGGGUCAGUUCACUGUAUGGCAGCUUAAACAAUUUAUUUCCAAAUACAAAGGAUUGAUCAAGCUGGCGACAAAGAAGCAGGAUCUUAUCAAUAGUAUAAUUCAGUUUCUCGACAAAAAAUAUGAAAAUGGGAAUUAA